UUAAAAGUUAAUAAAUAAGUUUUUGAUGAAUGACUUUUGAAUGCAAACGUUAUUUAUGUGAACACAUGUUUAGUGUUGUUGUGAUUGAUUUGUUGUGACAAUUGUCUGCCAAAAUGUUGUCAUCGAUGGUAACCAAACAUCACAAUCAGCUCAAGAUUAAGAAAGAAGAGAUCGAGACCAAACGAAACGAAGCGAUCGAUAGUUCGGUGGACUUCACAUCAAAUCUGGUCAACCAUUUGAACGAUGGAGUGGCCAAAACAUAUCUAAACCAACGAAAGCUGGACUCGGAGUCCAAACAAUUGGUCCAAAAUGUGGCACAAUUUGAACGAUCAGUGAAUCAAUGGUUGGGUUUAAUGAAUGGCUUGAAUAAAGCGGUCAAAGAGUUGGGAGACGUCCAGAACUGGUCCCAAGCCAUCGAACAGGACAUGAGAACCGUGUCGUCAGCUCUCGAGUACACCUAUCAGUGCAGACAAUCCCAAACGCCUCAACCCUAACACCCAUAUUGUUAUUACAAUACAAACUAUUAUUAUUUUUGUUUUAUAUUUUAAUAUUAAAUUCAAAUAUUAUAUUAUAUAUCAAAAGAGUUCACAAAAUCAUAAUUAAUUAAACAAUUAAUAGAAAUACAAAAAUUAAGUCAAUUUACAAAUGGUUUGUAUUUGAAGUACAAAUGAGUCGAAAAGUAAUAAAACAUUUCUAAUCUAAGGCUACAUAAAAAGUACUAUAAGUUAUUAAUCACUGAAAUCAACGUUUGAUUUGAUAAUUAAGC